AUCAGAGUGACACAUAAAAUGUAGCAAUUAUUUCAUAGAUGAAGGCACGGAUAAAGUGUUUCAAUUUCGUAAAUAGCACAAAACAUGAGCAUAAGCACAUCAACUGAAAGGUAUCCGGGCUGGGAGAUAUCGUUUCGUAUGACACUAUAAAGCCCUCAGUGAAGACUGUUUGCAAAGAUGAUUGGAUCGAUCCGACCAAGUCCACGGGGUCCUGGUGGUGAUUGGUGAUUGGUGUUAAACGAGGAUUAGACAACGUGGAGAGGGAGGAAGAACGUGGUUGAGGGUUGUCGAUGUGAAUUCUUCUUGAUGGAUCGGAUUUAGCAGAUGAAGAUUUUGACAAGAUAUUUAGGAAGUGAGCUGGGCUGGCAUUCGAAAAACGAAUACCUAAGCCAUGAUGGAACGUCUGGAAAAGUUUCAAAUAAUCUUCAAUAAUCCCUCGGCAACUUACUGUGCUGGCGAUACUGUGUAUGGGUAUGGCUGGGUCAUCGUCAAAGAGGCAGUGUAUGUUCAAAGUCUUGCAUCAGGAACAAGAAUGACAAAAUGGGAAGGUGUGUGUCUAGAAGCUAUUGGAGAAGCCAAAGUAGAAUGGAUGACCUCAAGUGACAUACAGGCCUCAGACGAGGAGGUGUUCAACUAUACAACUGUGCUGCCAAUCAAAGAUAUUAAACUGGAACAUAUUCCAACAAAUUUAGAAGGUGAAAAACAAAUUGAUGAUGAAGGAUUGUUACAUCCAGGAUCUCAUUACUUUCCAUUUGAAUUUGUUCUUCCAUCAAAACUGCCAUCUUCAUUCAAGGGAAAGCAUGGCAGAUUGCGGUAUUUCGUGAGAAUGACAAUUUAUUCCCCUGGUGGGCCCCAUCACGAAAGAACAAGUAAAUUUGCUGUUAUUGGAGCCCUAGACCUCAACUCUGAACCAGAUUCUGCACUGCCAGUUGAGAAUGACACAUUUGAGGCGGUUGGAUCUUGGUGCUGUGUAGCUGGCACAGUAACUGCAACACUAAGACUUGAUCGGAAGGGUUACACACUUAAAGAAGCCAUCCCUGUGUGGGCGGAAAUAAAGAACUUAAGUACACGGAGGAUAGCAGCCACACAAGUAUCACUAAUACAGAAUGUAACCUACUAUUCCUAUCGAGGGAGAUUUUCUGAGUCUACACUGCUAGUAACUGUUCAUAAAGGCAGUAUAGCCCCUCGUGGAAAACAGACCUGGCAGAGAGAGCUACUGAGCAUUCCUACCGUCCCGCCUUCACAUCUUAGAGGAUGCAAGAUCAUUGAUGUACAGUACAGUAUAGAAUUAUGUAUAAAACCAGCAGGACUGGCCCGGAAAGUGAAGCUGCCUGUGGACAUUGUCAUAGGCACCGUACCUCUCCAAGAUGCACAACAUCGAGUCACAUGUCACCCACUUCUUUCACCCAGUGACAAUAGCUUCCCGUUUCCAUUCUUCUGUGACAGCUCAUCAGACCACCUAUGUUUAACAGACAUGUCCUUCCACAGUAUGCUCCCAACAGCUCCACCCUGGGAAGAGGAUGACGAUAUUCCCUGACCGAGCUCAAGGCAUAUAGCUAUGAUGAGUUGAAGAUCAUUCCUGCAACCUGAAAGCCUCCUUCUGUGUCCAAGUGACGCAAAACAUCUGACAGUGCUGUGUUACUUGCUCAGUCUCUACCCACAGCGCCAGUGGUACCAAAAUAAAUCAGACACUGUGCACAAGCCAAUAUUUUCAUCACAGAAUAUCUUUGUACGGAGAAACAUACCCAUGUGAAGUAAUUGUGUUCAAAAACUGCCCAUGCUUCAUAAUGAGUUAUCACUUCAAUACAGUUAAACCAAUUGCCAGAAGACAGACAGGCUUUAUUUUUCACUGUAUGUAACACAUUGAUGUUGUGAUGUAUGUGGUCCGUCAACCAUGGCUGGUCUUUCAUAUGGUCCCAAGGAUCUUUGUGCCAUGACAACGUUGAAGAGACAGCUCGAAGUGCAAUAUGUUCAUAGAAUGAUACUUGGAUAUUGUUUUAGAACCACAUUGUGGAAGACGUUCAUAUUGGCCAUAAUUUCAACACUGUAUCAUCAUGUAAUCAAUAUCAACGCACCAGUCAUCUGUCAGCACUGUAAAGCUACACAAAAUAACAUGCUUCUAGUAAGUCAGUAGGUGUGUGAAGCCAUUCAUGAACAUUGCUAGUACCAGGACUUAGAUCUGUAGACUGUAGUGACACCCGAUGAAAGACAGAACAUUAUUUGUGAAUUCUUUAGUUAGGUCUCCACCAUCAUCCCAGAUGUGCAAACCAUUUUGCGUGAAUGGUCACAUGACAUGGUCUACAUGGCCAGAUCCCAGGAGAGAAUGAUCCUCCUUCCUCCAUGACUUUGGCCCAAGGUCGUCAGUCAAAGAAGCUAUAGCUACAGAGGACUUGAUCUCUAUCAUCUGCCAUUGUGCUGGUGUAUCAGGCAUUGUAGUACAUGUAUGUAUAUACCUUUGACUUUGUGCAGUCAUUGUAGCAGAUGUACAUGCUUUUAGACACUACUGUUAGUGUUGUAGCAU